CUCCCAUGUACACGUGUUGGUGAAGAUAUCUUCAAAUCAUUUUUCUAAAAGGCGAUUAACUGUGAUUUAUAUAUUUUCCAGUUUCAACAUGAAGAGAAAACAGAAUAAUCAGGACACCGACCCUGACAAGAACAAAAAACACCAGAAAACGGAUGACGACGAUGAAGACAGCGAGGAGUUGGAUGAUUUUGAUGCAGAUGAAGACAGCUUACAAAGUGAUGUUGGAGAUGAAAGUGAAGAUGAUUUUGAAGAUGACAUAGACAUUGAUUCAAAAAUGCAAUCAUCAGAUGCAAUUGACACAUCUUUAUCAACAAAAAUCAGCAAAAAAAAAUUGUUCAAGCCUCCCACUAAUGAUGAGCUGAACCAGCUGAAAGAGACUGAGAACCUCUACCACUCAAGUCUGUUUCGUAUGCAGAUUACAGAGCUUUUGUCAGAAAUAAAAUUGAAAGCUAAACGACAACGACAAAUUGAACAAGUCUUUACCACUGUCAAGGAUAUGCUUUUGGGUAUUACCAAAGGAAAAGCUCACGAGCUGAUGGACCAAGACUGGUUACCGAAAAAGUUCGUAAAAGUUCCAUUGCACCAGUCACCAGAAGCUGUCAAAGGUCGAUUCCAAUUUCUUCCUCCAGCUGAAGUCAAGAUGGUUGGCAGCUUCUUGUCCAAUACUUGUGUCAAACCAAACGUGACUUUAGACAUCUCUGUGACAAUGCCAGUGGAAUGUCUACAGAGUAAGGACAACCUGAACCAGCGGUACCUGAGGAAGAGAGCCCUCUACCUCGCCGUCCUCGCAAAACACCUGAGGAAAAAGGAGGAGGUGGAGGACCUUCAUUUUACCUACCUUCAUGGCAGCCACUACAAGCCUAUCCUCAUCCUGAAAGUUAAAGGUGACACAGGAAAGCCAGUGACUGUACACCUGCAUGUGAUAGCUGAGGAGGGCCUGUUCAAACUGAACCGUUUCCACAUCAACAAGAACAAUGUGAGAAAACAGUGGUACCGAGGCGAAACAGAGGACGUAGAGGAAGGGGACCAGCCGGCAACACCCUUGUACAACAUGGAAGUUCUUAGUGACCUGACCUUGACCCAGAACAAUGACCACUUGACCAAUACACUUGGAGAUAGCCAGGGGAUCAGGGAGGGCAUCUACCUGCUGAAAGUCUGGCUUCGUCAACGGGAACUUGAUAUGGGUUACGGCGGUUUCUCUGGCUACAUCCUGUCCAUGUAUGUUGCUUAUCUGCUGUCAAAAAGACGUCUCAACAAGAUGAUGAGCAGCUACCAGGUCUUCAGAAACACACUCCUAAACCUUUCUAAAUCUGAAUGGACAACAGAAGGUAUUACAUCAUGUGAGGAUGGCGAAGAUUCACAGCGCCCUCUGUUGUCAAAUUUCCUUGAGACUUUUGAUGUCGUGUUUGUUGAUGUGACUGGCUACUUCAACAUCUGUGCCUGCAUGAACAAGUCGUGUUACAACCGGGUUCACUACGAGGCUGGAAAGGCUAUGCUGUUACUCGAGGAUCAUUCCCUUGACAGCUUCUCUCUGUUCUUCAUGACACCACUUCCUUUCCUCCGCAAGUUUGACAAUGUAUUUCAUAUCAGAGAUCUGUCCUGUCUGGAGACAUCCGUAACCAAGUUUGACCUGGCUGACAGAGCUAUGGACUUGGGUGGUGAUGUGGUUGCCACGGUAACUCCUAGUUUGAUCUCCGUAUUACAGCGUGCACUGGACCGGAGAAUCACACUUCUACAGGUCAAACAGGAGUCUACACCACAGUGGUCCAUAAAUGAUGACCCACCUACACCAGGCAGUCAGGGGCAGAUAACUGUUGGGGUUUUACUCAACCCAGAUACAUGUACUAGUGUAAUUGAAAAGGGACCCCCAGCAGAUUCUCCAGAGGCAGAAGAUUUUCGUAGUUUUUGGGGAGAGAAAUCUGAACUUCGACGAUUUAAAGAUGGCAGCAUUUGUGAGGCAGUUGUUUGGAUGCAAGCCAGUAAUGAAAUUUCUAUUAAGAGGACAGUCUGCUCUGAAGCUGUCAAACAUAUUCUACUCAGACAAGCUGGCAUACCGGCCGAAUCCAUAUGUUACAUUGGCCAUCAGCUUGAUCCGCUGUUGUAUCUGCCGGCCAGGUCGAAGGCAGGUUUUAGGUGCUAUGGCACGGGGGAGGAGGAGACUAUAGCCGUUACACGCACUUAUGACUCGCUGUGUAAAAUCCUGCGUAAUCUCAAAGACCUGCCUCUUACCAUCAACUCAAUACAGGGGACGUCCCCAGCGUUCAGAUAUACAGAGGUGUUCCCACCCCUUCCGGCCACCGCCCCUUCACAACUGAUGGAGGCGGAUGACACCUUUCAGUGUCCCAAGCCAACCAAACCCACUCCUCCGCACAUACCGGUUCUCAAGAUUGUGUGUAUGAUGGAAGGAAGUGGUAAGUGGCCAGACGAGAUCGAACCAUUUCGCCGUCUGAAAGCAGCAUUCCACAUAGCAUUGGGAAAAAUCUUGUCUAAUGAACACAAGCUUGUUGUCCGGACAACCCCAGGAUAUGUAGAUGUCAAAAAGAAUAAUUACAUAUUUCGAGUGGAGCUUGCAUACACCCGUGAGAUAGCCCUGAUCAAGUCUCAUCGCACGCCAGAGGGGAUGAUGAAGAUGAGGGACACAUCAGAAUCAAUACAGUUAGAGAAAGAGAUUGUUGCCCUACCCAAACUUACCAGCACACUACAUGGUGUCCAGCAACAACACAACACGUUUAGUGGAGCUGUACGAUUGGCCAAACGAUGGGUCUCCUCGCAGCUACUGGUCGACCACAUAAGGGAUGAGGCUCUGGAGCUCAUGGUGGCUCAACUGUACAUAGCCCCUAACCCCUUCAGUGUGCCAAACUCACCACUAGUUGGAUUUCUGCGGUUCCUCCAUCUUUUGUCGCAUCACGACUGGAGCAGAACGCCACUGUUAGUCAAUCUUAACCAAGAAUUUACAGCUGGUGACUAUGCAGAGAUUUCUUCAACAUUUUCCAACGACAGGAAAACUCUGCCCCUGAUGUUUAUCUCCACGCCAGGAGACAAGCUGAGCUCCCAUUGGACGACAGGGUCGCCCACGGCACCUAUCCUUCAGCGCCUCAUCCUACUAGCAAAGGAGUCUCUCAAAGUUCUGGAGAGUCAGCUCAAUUCCAGUCAAAUUCAAGCUGCCACAGACUUCAAGCAAAUAUUUCGGCCACCGAUGGAUAUCUACGAUGUGAUCAUACACCUGAGACAGAGAAUGGUUCCGCGUCAAAAUCAGGCAGUGGAUAUCAACAACGAAACGACAAUCCCCCUGUACCUCACAGACAGGCCAAGUACGGUGAUGCCUGUCUACGAGUUUGAUCCAGUACAGCUCUACCUGUCGGAGCUACGGGCUGUUUACAGUGAUUAUGCUCUGUUUUUCUGCGACCGCUAUGGAGGAAAUCUUAUUGGCGUUCUCUGGAAACCUCAGGCCUUUGACAAAUCUCCAUUUUCGGUGAAUCGAAUAGCGGGAAAGAUGCCAAUAUUACUGGACACAGACAAAAGUUCGGACAUUCAAACUAUUGGCAAUAUCGAGGCCAUUUUGGAAGAUUUCCAAGUGCUUGGUGGAGGUCUUGUAUCCAAGGUGGAGAUAAAAAAAUGGGAUUUUGGAUCAGUCCAGUGAGCUAGAUCAACCUCAACAUUACAAUGUCAGCAAAAACUAAUUUAAAAAAUUGAAAUUUGAUACAGAAAAUUAUAGACAGGUUUCAAUGAAAUGAAUCAUUCUAAUCUGUAUGAUUGGACAGUGGGCUAUAUACAGAAUGAAUCAUUCUAAUCUGUAUGAUUGGAGAGUGGGCUAUAUACAGAAUGAAUCAUUCUAAUCUGUAUGAUUGGACAGUGGAAUAUAUACAGAAUUGUAUUACAUUGAUCAUGUAUAUAACAUUUAACUGAAGAAAUUAAAACAUGUCGCUUAUAUCUUUGACAAAUUGGUUCAUUAUUUAUACAUUAAGCAGAAUGGCAAGUAUAGAUUUAUUGUGAUUUUCGUAGCAUUCUAUUUGAGAUCGGGAGUAACAUGUAUCACAGAUACCAAAAGAUGAGUUAUAGAAAAGUGGAGCGAGUGAAAACAAAUCAAUUAUGGGCAUCAAA